CCACCUUUCACCCGGUGUCCUUGUGCUUCCCUGUGGAUGAAGAGCACAUUUGGUAAGAGAGCUGCUGGGAUCCGCACAGGGUUUAUCUUCUCUCCGCAGCCUGAAGAAGACUAUCUGCAAGGGAAACCCCAGGAGCAGGUAUGCAUCUCCUGACCCUGGUGAUCUUCAGCCUUCUGGGCUUGGCUGUCCCCCAAUCUCAGCACCCUGAUAUCUGUGUUGCCAAACCCAAGGACAUCCCACUCAGCCCCUUUUGUGUGUACCGAAAACCCCUGGACGGAGACGAAGCAGAGGAAAAGCCAAAGGAGCCAGAAGAGAAGUUGCCAGAGUCUACCAACCCCAGAGUCUGGGAGCUCUCAAAGGCUAAUGCCAAAUUUGCUAUUGAUUUCUACAAAAUCCUGGCUGAUUCCAAAUCUGACUCCGAGAACCUCUUCAUGUCGCCUCUCAGUAUUUCCCAAGCCUUUACCAUGGCGAAGUUGGGAGCCUGUGAUAACACCUUGAAGCAGCUAAUGGAGGUUUUUCGCUUUGAUACUAUUUCGGAGAAGGCUUCAGAUCAAAUCCACUUUUUCUUUGCAAAACUGAAUUGUCGACUAUACAGGAAAGCAAACAAAUCAUCGGAACUCGUCUCAACCAACCGUCUCUUUGGUGAAAAGUCCCUGACCUUUAACGAAACGUACCAAGAUAUCAGCGAAAUUGUUUAUGGUGCAAAGUUGUGGCCCCUAAACUUCAAGGAAAAAGCAGAGGAGGCUCGUGAAGUCAUCAACAACUGGGUGGCCAAUAAGACUGAGAAACGCAUCACCAAUGUCAUCCCAGAGGGAGCACUCACUGUAGACACCACGCUAGUGCUGGUCAAUGCCAUCUACUUUAAGGGGCUGUGGAAGUCAAUGUUUAACUCGCAAAAUACAAAAUUAGACAUUUUCAACAUACCAGGAAGUAACAAAACCUGUGAAGUCCCCACCAUGUACCAGGAAAGCUUAUUCCGCUACGGUGGAUUCAAAAAGGAUGGUGUUCAGGUCCUUGAGUUACCCUAUAAAGGUGAUGACAUCACAAUGGUUUUAGUGCUGCCAUCACGUGACACACCUCUAGAGAUGGUGGAAAAGGAUCUGACUUUGGAGAAGUUAAAUAAUUGGCUCCAAGAAUCUCGUGAGGUGCAGCUGUCAGUCUACUUGCCUCGAUUCAGAAUAGAAGAUUCCUUCAGCGUCAAAGAGAAUCUGCAGCAAAUGGGGCUGGUUGAUCUCUUUGACCCACAAAACGCAAGACUCCCAGGAAUUGUUGCCGGCGGAAGAAACGACUUGUAUGUCUCAGAUGCAUACCACAAGGCGUUUUUAGAAGUCAACGAGGAAGGUUCUGAAGCAGCUGCCUCUACUGCUGUAGUGGUGACAGGACGAUCAUUCAACAUGAACCGGGUUGUGUUCAGAGCCAACAGACCCUUCCUGGUCUUUAUUCGAGAAGUGGCCAUCAAUGCCAUUAUAUUUAUGGGAAGAAUUUCUGACCCAGGAUGUGAAUAACUGAUUAAAGAUUGAGAUGUCGUCAAUACAA